ACUGCCUACUGCUCUCACCAACGUCUAACCUCUUAUCUUGUGUUCCAAAAUUUUCAUAUAAAAGCAGAAGGAAUACAAGAAGCCUAACCCAUCCCAUGUCUGCACCCAAAACCAACUAAGAAUUUUGCCAAAACCCAAUCCGAACAUCUCUUCCACUCUCAAAGCUCUGUGAAUUCUUGAGCAGAGAGAGCAAGAGAAUGGCAACUUGUGCAGUGUACACAACCCAGUCCCUCAAUCCCACGUGUUCAAUCUCCACACCAUCAAAAACCCACCUGGGAUUUCACCAAAAACAGGUGGUUUUCUACACCACAGGCAAGAAAACCAGCAAGAAAGGCAGCAGCAGCAGCCCAUACGUGAUAACAUGCGCAACUGGUGACUCACAGACAGUCGUGAUUGGUCUGGCAGCAGACUCCGGGUGCGGGAAGAGCACCUUCAUGAGGAGACUAACCAACGUGUUUGGAGGUGCUGCAGAGCCCCCCAAGGGCGGCAACCCUGAUUCCAACACUCUCAUCAGUGACACCACCACUGUGAUAUGCUUGGAUGACUAUCACUCACUAGAUAGGACUGGAAGGAAACAGAAGGGAGUCACUGCGCUUGACCCGAGAGCCAACGACUUUGAUCUCAUGUAUGAGCAGGUUAAGGCUCUCAAGGAUGGGACUGCUGUUGAAAAGCCUAUUUACAAUCAUGUUACUGGUCUCUUGGACCCUCCCGAGCUCAUCAAGCCUCCCAAGAUCCUAGUCAUUGAAGGUUUGCACCCCAUGUAUGAUGCGCGAGUUAGGGACCUGUUGGACUUCAGUAUCUAUUUGGACAUCAGCAAUGAGGUUAAGUUUGCAUGGAAAAUUCAGAGGGACAUGGCAGAGCGAGGACACAGUCUUGAAAGCAUCAAAGCUAGUAUCGAAGCCAGAAAGCCUGACUUUGAUGCAUAUAUUGAUACACAAAAGCAAUAUGCAGAUGCAGUGAUUGAAGUGUUGCCAACCCAACUCAUUCCCGAUGAUAACGAGGGGAAGGUUUUGAGAGUGAAGUUGAUAAUGAAAGAAGGGGUAAAGUUUUUCAGCCCAGUUUAUCUGUUUGAUGAAGGCUCUACCAUUUCAUGGAUUCCAUGCGGAAGAAAGCUCACCUGCUCAUACCCUGGCAUCAAGUUUUUCUAUGGCCCUGACUCCUAUUUUGGCCACGAGGUGUCUGUGCUGGAGAUGGAUGGGCAAUUUGACAGAUUAGAUGAGCUCAUUUACGUGGAAAGCCAUCUAAGCAAUCUCUCGACCAAGUUCUAUGGAGAAGUGACCCAACAAAUGUUGAAGCUUUCCGAUUUCCCUGGUAGUAACAAUGGAACAGGUCUUUUCCAGACCAUUGUCGGGUUGAAGAUCAGAGACAUCUACGAGCAGAUAAUCGCUAGCAAGGCCAAACGUCCGGUAGCAGCCAAAAAGGCCUGAAAAAUAACCAACAUAAAUUAAAUUAAAUUAAAUUAUAAAAAAAAUCAUCUUUGUUUAUUGGGACAAGUCACCAAAGCCCCUCUGAAAUCAACUUCCACUUUCAGUUUUUUUAUAUUUUUCAACUUCUUUAGCCAUGUUUCGGUUGAGUAUUUAGCCUAUUAUUGAUGGAAAGACAACACUCCGUACGUACUAGUCAUAAUGCCUGUGGGGCCGUGUAUUAUAGAGAGAUGAAAUUCUGUGAUGGAAAAAGUUCGUAGAAGAUUGGUUCCUCUUUGGUA